AUGGAUGUGACGACCGCGUUAUCAUUCCCUCUGAGCGCAAGCUCCUUGCUGGCCUCUGUGCUGCUCCUCCUCGCCGCCUAUGUGGCCUGCCGGUCGGCCUCCAGUCGGCCGAAUCUCCGUCGUGCAUCGGAGCCUCCGGGGCCCAGGCCGCUACCCUUGCUCGGGAAUCUGCUGCAGCUGAACUUGCGCGCACCGCAUCGGACCCUCUUGAAGAUGUCCAAGAAGUAUGGCCCAGUGUUCACCUUCCACAUGGGUCCCAAGAAGGUGGUGGUCCUGGCUGGAUACCAGACGGUGAAGGAGGCCCUGGUCCAGCACGCUGAAGAAUUUGGCGAACGGGAACCUUUUAACACUGUGAAGGAGGCCAAGCUGGAGCAUGGCGUCGUUUGGAACAAUGGCGACUCGUGGAAGGAGAUGCGUCGCUUCACUUUGAGCAACCUGAAAGACUUUGGGAUGGGAAAAAAAGCGUGCGAGGACAAGAUCAUUGAGGAAUCUCAGCACCUCUUGGAAGUCUUCAGGAACUUCAGAGGUGAAGCAUUCGAUACCCAGCAGGCGGUCAACUACGCCGUGUCCAACAUCAUCUGCUCGCUGGUGUUUGGCAGCAGAUUCCAAUAUGAUGACCCCGCUUUCAGGGCCAUGGUUUGGCGCACGGGCAGAGGCAUUCAGAUAGUGAGCGGUCCAACCUUACAGUUGUACAACAUGUAUCCGUGGCUGGGCAAGUGGAUCUCCUGGGCUAGAGAGGAGCUACGCCAAAUGGGGAUGGCCAACAGAAAGCAGGCCACUGAACUGAUCCGGAGUCUGAAGGACACGCUGGAUCCGCGGAGCAGCCGAGGCUUCGUGGACGCCUUUCUCAUCCGCCAGCAACAGUUGGAGGACUCUGGCGACGUGGGUCACUACCACGAUCCCAACCUGCUGAUGACCGUCUCUAACCUGUUCGCCGCCGGCACGGAAACGACCUCCACCACGCUCAGAUGGGCGCUCCUUUUCAUGGCCAAGUACCCCCACAUUCAAGAGAAGGUCCAGCAGGAGCUGAAGCGCGUCAUCGGAGAUCGGCAGGUCCAGGCGGAGGACCGGAAGAAUUUGCCCUUUACCAAUGCAGUCAUCCACGAGACGCAACGAGUGGCCGACAUCGUUCCCAUGUCGCUGCCUCACCGGACCAGCCGGGACGUCACCUUCCGGGGUUUCUUCAUCCAAAAGUGGACUACGGUGUACCCGCUCCUAACGUCCGUUCAUCAGGACGAGAGCCAAUGGGAGAAGCCCGCGUCCUUCCAUCCUCAGCAUUUCCUGGACCGGGACGGAAAGUUCAUCAAACCCGACGCUUUCAUGCCCUUUUCCGCCGGUCGCAGGGCGUGUCCGGGCGAGAGUCUGACGCGCAUGGAGCUCUUCAUCUUCUUUGUCACGCUCCUGCAGCACUUCCGCUUCCGGCCUCCGGCAGGGAUGGCAGAGGACCGACUGGACCUCACGCCCUGCGUGGGCUUAACACCCGCCCCCGUCCCCCAUCGACUUCGCGCCAUUAGCCGGCUGAUCGCCUGA